AUGCUGUACGGGAGCCGCUGCACGGGGACGGAGUCCGUGCGGCCCACGGAGCAGCCGGCCCAGCCUCCCGAGGAGUCCGCCCGCCUGCCGCCGCAGCCCAUGGUGCACACCCUCUCCGGGAGCAGGGGCACCCGCCUCUCCGGGAGCAGGGUGGCCCACCAGAAGACAGGCGUGUCCACGUCAGGCGUGUCCACGUCGUCGAGGGCGACACGAGCGGUGAGUAAGGCAGCGACGAACGCCUUCUCCGACACGGUCUUGGGGGUCGCCGCCGCGGCGAAGGAGCGGGAGGGUCGUUCCGCUAUCUCGGCGACCACAAGGGAGUCUCAGCGCCGUGCCGUGACGGGGGUUUUCGCCAAGAGCGAGGAAAUGGGCGCCAGUUUCGAGUUUUUCUUCGGGGCCGUGAUUGGAACCAGCGCGAUCAUGAGCGGGGUGGAGGUCCAGUACAGGAGCAUGCAUAUCGGAGAGGAGCUUCCUGUCGGCUUCGUGCUCCUGCGCCACGCUUACACCGUGCUCCUCGCGAUGGAGCUGGCUGCCCGCGUGUGCAAGCUGGGUGUUGUGAACUUCUUCUGCAAGGGGGAGGUGUUUUGGGCGUGGCUGGACACGCUGGUGGUGCUCAUGGCGCUGAUCGAGAUGGCCAUGGACGUGCUCGUGUCUGCCGCCGACGAGCUUCCAGGAGCCGCGCUGCUUUCGAGCGUGCGGCUCGCUCGUCUUGUCCGGCUCACGCGGGCCUUCCGUCUGCACCGCAUCAUCCGUUUCGUUGCGGCGCUUCGCAUGCUGGUGUAUUCGAUUUUGGCGACCCUGAAAUCGUUGUUGUGGGCCAUGGUUCUGUUGGUGAUGAUCAUCUACGUCUUUGGUCUCGCAUUCACCAUGCAGGCGUUGGACCAUGUAGAGUCCACCGAUGACCUUGGCCAGGACGAGAGGGCGAGGCUGACACAGGAGUGGGGAUCUCUAGACGUAAGUAUGUACACGCUCUUCCAGUCGAUUUCUGGCGGCGUUAGCUGGAGGGACCCAGCCCUCACGUUGCAGAUCAUCUCGGUCGUCCCGACCGCCCUGUUCACGGUGUACAUCGCGUUCGUGUAUUUCGCUGUUCUGAACGUGAUUACUGGGGUGUUCUGCAGUUCGGCUGUAGAAUCAACCCAGCGAAAUCCCGACCUGGUCGCCAAGUCGAUAAUCGACAACAAGCGAGUCCUUACGGAGAAGCUCCAGCAACUUUUUGGAGCUAUCGACGGCGACGAGUCGGGUCGUAUAACCAUCGACGAGCUGGAGCUAUUCGCCGAGGACGAUCUGAUGAAGGCCUACUUCCAGGCUCUCCAGAUCGACGUGAGCGACGCCUUCACGCUGUUCAAGCUUAUAGACAGCUCGAACGAUGGUGCUAUCAAGUUGGACGACUUUCUCAGGGGAUGCGAGAAGCUACGGGGUAAUGCUACAAGCAUGGAUAUCGCCGAGAUCGGCUACGACAUGAAAAAGAUAACCCAACAGGUGAGCAAGGUGCUGACAUCGCUGGAGAAGCGAGGGCACAGUCUGACCGAGAAGGACGUCGUGCGCAAGCCGAGCCUCACAAUACAGCCCUCGGCCCGUGGCUCGAGCGAACAGUGA